CGCCAACCACCCCCGUUCUCUCCGCCAUGGCCGGCGACGCCGAGGUAAUGGGAAGGACCGGAAAGCAUCCUGAUCCUUCGAUUUCUCAUCCUUCACUUCAUCGCUCGUAUUCUUUCUCGCUCCGCUCGCGAGAAUGGCGGUGCUCAAGAGGGCGUACGCGGACGCCAUCCUGAACACGACGAAGGAGUCGGCCGUCAGGAUUUUGGCGGCGGAACGCCGGACGCUACAGUGGAAGCAGAGCUCGUCGUUCGUCAAGGAAGAUUCUGUUGCCCUAAUUCUUCGACUCAAGGCUCUCAUGGACUCUAGGAUUAAAGAGACAGAAUCAGUAAACUUAUCACAAGCAACAAAAAUUCGAGAGCUUGAAGUUCAGCUCCGCGAGGCGAACCAUACAAUUCGUCGUUUAAAUUCUAAACUGCAGCAAGUUAGUUCUGAACUGGAGAAUCAGAAGAGUGAUAAAAGUGAGUCUCUACAAGGUAAGGACACAGAUGAUCGCAUCAGUUUGCAGAAAAAUAACCCUGAUGAAGCUGCAUCGAGUCAGGAAACUGUACCUCAUAGCACCUACGCUAAAUAUUCAAACCAAAAGGAGCCUACAAAAGAUUCGACUGCAUCUGAAGAUUCUACUGGCACUCCUGAUUUUGUGUCCUUGAUAUUGAGAAACAAGGAGCCAGAGCCUUUUAUCAACUGUUGUACCCAGCGGAUACAUCCAUUGGAGUGAAAUGUAUCGACUGAUAGAGAUCUGCCUGCUGAAAGACAUGCCCAGACCUCUAAUGUAAAGCAAGAAGCUGCAAUAUGUGAGAAUGAACUAGAUGAAAAGUACUGGCUUGGAGACCCAAUCCUGGCAGCCGAAAUGCUAAUAGAGGUUGCAAAAUCACCUGAUUCAGAAGAAGCACACGUGAUUCAGAAGAAGCACAACAAGGAAACAAAUCCGAAAUCAACCAGAAAGGUAAGUUUUCCAGUUGCGUUCUCCAAGAAGAAGAGCUAGAAAGCUCGUCACAAAAAGCUGCAGUACUUCUCAUGAAACUGAAGAUCAUGAACAACCAGACAUUAGUGAUACUAAAAUUGCUGGAAAAACUGGCAUGCCCACGACUCAUGAAAGGCAGGGGCAAAGAAAUGCAGAUACUACAUGUUCAGAUGAAGCUUCUGUCAAAAAUAAAAUAACUUCUGUACACAGAAAUUUGAAGUUGAAUGAGUUCCCCGAUCAUGUAAUCCCUGCAAUUUUGAACACCGGCAGAAUAAUGACCAAGCGAAGUAUGAAACUGCAUAAUCUCAACAGUCCAAAUGCUGGUCAAGUAAGCAUUGAAAACGAUCAAGUUGCACUAACCACACAUGACUGUGAAGAAGGCGAUCCUUUAGAUGGAACCAUUAAGGAGGAUGCCAUUGAAUGCGAAACAAUGUUGAAGACACCAGAUCAUACAUUAACCGGGUAUUCAGAUACUUCAGUAUUAAAAGGAAACAAUGAAAAGAUUGAUACUCCACUGAUUUUUGUUCUAAAGAUGAAGAACCUUGCAAAUCAAGUAGGCUACCUGCUGAAGUUGGAAAUGACAGAAUUGUAAAAUAUACUUUUAAGAGGACCAGAAAGAAGGGAUCUCCAGAUAACAAGAACAAAGAUGUUUAUUUAGAGGGAAAUAAGAAAUUGAGAAAAGCAGAUAAAGAAAGUGCCUUGCAUGAGAAACCAGACAAGAUAAUGGAGUCAACCAGAGACAGUAGGAGGCUAGCACAAGUUGCUCGUCAGGUUAGUAAACGAUCCAUUUCUGUUUUGUGAAAUUUCGAAUCACAUGUAUUGCAAAUAGUGAUUUGCUCGGGGGCACACGCAGGAAUUGCUUCAAUCCCUAGUGUAAAGGAGCAAGAAUACUUACUACUAGUGUAAAGGAGAAAGAGUGCUUACUUUACAACCUAGGUGGAGAAGCAACGUCACAUAAUCAUGUUUUAAAUGAAAAGAAGGAUGAAGUAAAAAAGGAUUAUACCAAAUAAUCUGCAGCAUUAGACUCAACCAUUCAGUUACUUACUGAGAGAGUUUUGUCGCAAGUUUCAAAAUUCUCGGAUGGUUGGGAACACCAAGGAUGGAGUACUACUGUUACAGUUGAUGAUAGGUAGAUCCUUAGAGAGAUAAAAUUGUUUUUCCUAGGAGAGGAUAAAAGAGAAGGAGAAAGCAGUCUCUUGCAAAGCAGGGUAAGACUGCGUAGGAUAGAUCCUUCCCUGAGAUCUCGCAUUGGAGGGAGCUUCGUGCACCGGACCGUCCUUAGGAGAGUAUAAAAGAGAAGUAACGAUAAGAGGGAACAAUUUGAUAAAUUUGCUUUAUUAUUGAUGUAAAUAUAUGUAGUCAGCUAUAAAUUAAUUUGAUCUUCAACUCUACAUGACUAUUUAACUGAAGGAAUCUAAUAAAAUAGGACAAUUAUACAAUAACUGUUUCUAAUACUUUUUUCCAUGGUGUACAGACAUCAUUGUAGAACUAAUUAAAUUAUCCUAAAUAUACUUAAAAAUGAAAAUAGCUAUUUUUUACAUAUAUAUAUUUAGUCUUUCUUUCAUGAGAAAGGAUGACUUAGACUUUUUCCAGGUACAUAUUGAUUUCAAGAACUCUAAUAUAAGAAUUGUGGCAUGCAAUACAGAUUGUACAAUCAAGGUACAUAUUGAUUUCAAGAACUCUAAUAUAAGAAUUGUGGCAUGCAAUACAGAUUGUACAAUCAAUGCAUUUCUGCAUUCUCCAAAACUAUAUCUUCUACCUGGUUCUUGUAAUUAGUAUGGGCAGUUUGUUGCAGUGUAUUACUGGCUGCAAACUAGUGAGACCUGCAGCAAUACGACAAUGCAUUAUUACAUAGUACUAAAUUCAUGUAGAGUUACGAAUAUGGUUAUCGCGUGAAAAGAGAGUUUUAUAUGAUGCAUAGUCUUCAUCUACCAGUGUAAAGCCAGCAAAUAUGUUGGCCUGAACAUGUUUAGUAAUUAGCCCGUAUGAUCUCUGUGAAAUACAUGAUGCCUAGUAUAGAGGAUAACUUAGAAAAAUAGAACUGAAUAUGAAUGAUUUUUGUAUUUGUCCCCUUUUUUUAUCUGAACAUAAAUCGUACACUGUCAAUCGACAAAUAAGAUAUUAGAGUCUAUGUAGUCUUGAAAAUACUUGCAAGUGUCAUUUUUUACAUAGUUCAGGUCGAUUAUACAAUCUAAUGCAUAUGUUUGGUCAUUUUUUAGUCUAAAUCCACUCUUGUUUCACAUUAAAGAUCUGAGGGUAAAUUAAGAGAAUGAAAUUGCAUUCUAUAAAUUAUUGUUGUAAGAAAAUGUGUUGUUUUAUUUGUUGUUUGAUUGCAUUAUUUUUAGGCUUUUUGUUCUGCUCAAGCAAAAAAGUCCUAGCAUAUCUAGAUGUUAUUUUUAAGAAUUCAUUGUCACAUGUACAUGAAAGCUGAAUGCCAAUUCAUUUAAAUUUAUGUCACUUGAAGAAAACUUUGGCUUGAUCGCAGUUCAACAUGGAACAAAAUAAUAAUCUCUUAAGUCAUUUUUUGCUUGUUGCCUAUUUGCUAUGUAGUAAGUCGAUUGUCUGCCACUUGAAAGGCAGUCUGUGUUCAUAUUGGUUGUCUUAUAUUGUUGAUGAAGAAUCUUAAAUUAUUUGUGGUACACUUUUGUAAUGUGUUGAUGUGUUACUAUAAUAAAUUGACUGAAGGUACAUCCCUAACGAUAA